UACUAGAUUGAUAAGCUGGCUUAUUAGGAGAGUUAGGGUUUCUUCACCUGGGAUUCCAACCUCGUCGAUCAAUCGGAUACAAUGGCGAUGAGAAACUUCUACAAUGAGAUCAAGGGUAUGAGGGUGAAGGAGCUGCCCCAACAUGUGAAGCCAAUGCUGUCCGUCGAGUACGUCAAGAAGGCUGUUCAGAGAGGAUUGGACAAUUAUUGCGCAAAGUAUAUAGAGACCGACUCCAUCCAACCGCUCUAUCAUCUUUGCUUUGGAGGGAUGAUCUUCUCCUACCUCGUCGCUCUCCCGCAUGAACGCCGUCACCUUGAGCACCUGGAACACGCCAAGCAACAUGGUCAUGGUGGACACUGAUUUUUCCGUCGUCUAUUGUUUCAGGAUCCUGGUUGUUCAAUUGAAGAUGGUCGGCUUGCUUAAUUUUCUUUUGGUUUUAGUUCUGGAAAAUCAGGGCAGAAAGAUACUGUUACCUUCAAUGUAUGGCAUCUUUUAUGCGAUUAAAUAAGAUCAAUUUGAUACAAUGACUCAAAUUUUCCUGCUCCAACAUGUCACUGCAAUGUGUUUCUCAAGAGUAGAACUAAUCUUUUGCUUUGUUUGUGGCUCUGUGUUCUGUUAAUGAGAUGACAUUAUCUUGCUUUUGCUUACAUAAUUGAAGUGUUUGAUAUCUCAAACAUUCAUAUAACUACUCGAACAUGUCUUGGUUUC